ACGCAUUAAAAAUAGUCGUCAUUCCCGUGUCUCAAACACUUUAAUCUUCGUCACAUCCAGUGAUUAGGAAGGGAAGAGAACCAAAGAAACAACGAAAAAGAGGAAAAAUUUGAAUAAUGGUGAUGGAAGUGGACGAACCUGCAGUUGCGGCGACUACAUCGCAAAAUCAACCGCAGGAGCAUGCGAAUGACUUUGAUAUGGAUACCUCCGAGGGACCAAUUGAGAACGAUGAAACAUUUGAACCGGUAGAUCAAAUAAAUUGGAAAUUCAACCAGGUGAAAGGAAAUAUAGAUGCCGAUGUGCACACGGAAGCCGAUGUGAUCUCUUGUGUGGAAUUUUCACACGAUGGUGAAUAUUUGGCAACGGGAGACAAAGGAGGACGUGUUGUAAUUUUCCAACGAGAUCAGAGUGGAAAGUAUGUGAAAGGCGUUCGAUCGAGGGAAUAUAAUGUUUACUCGACAUUUCAAUCUCAUGAACCUGAAUUUGAUUAUUUGAAAUCACUAGAAAUUGACGAGAAAAUUAAUCAAAUUCGGUGGCUUAAAAAGAAGAAUGCAGCCAAUUUCAUUCUCUCGACCAACGACAAAACAAUCAAGCUGUGGAAAAUUAGUGAAAGAGAGCGUAAAAUUGGAGACGAUGCAUGGAAUCUGCCUAGAACAAACAGAAUCAACACUUCCUCCUUCCGAGGUCGCUUACAAAUACCCUCGAUCGUGCCAAUGGAGUUGAUAGUUGAAGCAAGUCCGAGACGAGUUUACGGAAAUGCUCACACUUAUCACGUCAACAGUAUUUCAGUGAAUUCUGAUCAGGAAACAUUCCUAUCUGCCGACGAUUUGCGAGUUAACCUUUGGAAUCUGGAGAUUACCAAUGAGUCUUUCAACAUUGUCGACAUCAAGCCUGCUAAUAUGGAAGAACUUACGGAAGUUAUUACUGCCGCCGAAUUCCAUCCAACGCAGUGUAAUUGGUUUGUAUACUCUUCAUCAAAAGGAUCUAUUCGAUUGUGUGAUAUGAGAGAUCGUGCUCUAUGUGAUGCGUAUGCUAAAAUUUUCGAGGAACCAGAAGACCCUCAAUCUCGAUCUUUCUUCUCGGAGAUUAUUGCAUCUGUUAGUGACGUCAAAUUCUCACAUAAUGGAAGGUACUUGCUUACGAGGGACUAUCUUACUGUCAAGGUGUGGGAUUUGAACAUGGAAUCACAACCGGUAGAGACAUAUCCAGUGCACAAUUAUUUACGAACAAAACUCUGUGCACUCUACGAAAAUGAUUCAAUUUUCGAUAAAUUCGAGUGCGAUUGGAGUGGAGAUGACAAACAUAUUCUCACGGGUUCGUAUCAUAAUCUGUUCCGUUCAUAUGCUCGUGGCAAUAACCAAGAUGCGAAAACUUGGGAAGCUCGGCCUCAAGAACCACAUUCACAGCUCCGAUCUCGAUUUGUUGUACCAUCAGCGAAACGGAAGAGAAACAAUCUGUCAUCAAGCGGUGAAACGACCGAAGAGGAUCUUUCAUCUGAUCAACUUCAAUUUGAUCGUAAAAUAUUGCACACAGCAUGGCAUCCAAAGGAUAACAUCAUUGCUCUUGCUGCCACUAACAAUCUCUACAUCUUCUCAGAUGUUUAAAUUAUUGUUUUCGUAAACUUGUUGGAUUUCGUCCUCCCCCAAUCAUCAUUUUCCCUUUUUCUCAAUUUAUCCUCAAAUAUCACAUUCAUAUAACUCUAAAUUUUUUUUUCAUAUUUUCCCCAUAUUUUUGUGAGUCAAUUCUUUCUCAAAUCCCGUCCCUUCUUUCCCGUUUUCGUAGUCCUCAUGUCGACUUAUAGACAUUUAAUCGCGUAUUCAAUGUUACUCGCUUUCUUUCUUUCAAAUCCUUCGUCAUCGUAAAUUUUUGAAGUAAAACAGGAAUAAGCUCUUAGUUGGUUUCUAUUUUUCAACUGUUAAAGUUGUCUUUUGCUUCCAAUUUGAGAUAGAGUUGUACUUUAUUAUUCUUAUAGCUUCUUUUUCUUUACUCUCUCCCUCUCUCUAUCCUCUCAUAUCAUUCUUGAAUUACGUGGCCCGUUUUCUAUACUUUUCCCUCACUCUUCAACUCCAGUGUUCUCUUUCUUGUCUCUUCCACCACCACUUUUAAAAAGAUAACUGUAGAUCCUUAACCCCGAAUCAUUCGGGUCGUGUCUCUCCCACUUUUAGGAUGAUUUCUCCUGUUAGAUUCACAAUGUGUUUCACGACUUAAUCCUCUUGUUUGAAAGCGUGUGAAGGUAUUAUUCUCACCUUGUUAGCUCCAUUCUGUAAUUUUGAAAACUAUAAAAAUCGCCCAAAAAAUUUUUGAAAUUUUUCCGACUUUAGUUAUUUUCUCUCCACUUUCUCUGUUCGUUUGUCUGUCACAAAAUUACAAACUUUCAAAUCAAGAAUCUUGACAUAAAUUUUUGUAUUACUUCCCUCAUAUUUCUUCAUCAUUAAAUCCCCGUGGGUGUGUCUCAUCAUUAAGUCUUCCUUUUCCCAUAAAAUUGUAAGCAAUAUUUAUUUUCCAAUCAUAAAAACUCAUUUAUUGAA